CUCCUCUUCGAUGCUCUAUCUAUGUGCAGUCCGCUGAACUUCCUCGAAGCCAGUGAAAAUUGAAAUGCAACAAAUGAGCAAAGGAGUGCAACGGGACCAUAAUGGAUAAUAGGAAAUCAUAUAGGGCUUAUAAAGAAAAGCUCAGAGUAGCCUCGGCUCCAUAUCCUACAUCUGGAUUAUUCUCCAAAGUGAAAAGAUUGUUUAGUCCAAGAACGAUAUGGAAAGCACCAUCUAAAGACAAUGAAUUGGCUUCAAAGGAACCCAACCCUUCUACUGCCCGUUCAAACAGUCAUGUGGAAGCCUUCCAGUAUCCGGCACCUAAAUUUAACCCUAUUCUUAGAAGUGCAUCAACUAGUUCUUUCAAAAUGCCUGGCUCUUUCGAUACCAAUAGCUCACCCAACAAAGUGUUGUCAAAUUUCUUUCAACAGAAAGGUGAUGAACCAUUGACCCAAGUAGAAUACGAGGGUAUCGUCUCAUUGAUAAACAAGUCGAAAUCGGAAAUCGGUAACGAAACUCAAUCCAACGAUCAGGACGCCAACAACACGUUUUUCAAAGAUACUUCCAUCAGGGACAAACUGUUUUUGUAUGAUACACCCUACACCCAGAAGAUUCUAAAGAAAGACAGUAACACCAGUGGUGCAACAUAUUCCACCCCUGACUAUAAACCUAUUUAUCAUACCGUGAACGAAACUUCGGCCAGCAUUCCAUCUGUGAAGAGGGUCUAUCAAUUCUCUGGAUUACCAUCGCCUUACAGAACGAGAAUAAGAGCACCUAGCUUGAGCAAGAAAACAAAUUCAAAUGCAUCAAAGAAUGGCCUGAUAAUAGAAAACAAUAAUAACACAACGACGAAUACCUCUACUACUCAGUACAGACCAAGAAGUGAGGCUGCCAACACUUUGUUAUCAAUUUUGGAUGGUGAUUUGCUCGAAACAACCACUGAGGACCUCAAUAAUAAAGACAUUAAGCGUUUUUCGAACCCAUAUUCUUCUUCACAGAACAGAAAAAGAACUAAGACUUCGAAACAAGCUCCAUUAACAAGUAAAGAUAUCAGCAGUACGUUACUUUUUGACAAAUCUGCGCCAUUGCCGGUCGAAAAAGAUGAAGAAAAGAUUGUUCCAAAGCCAAAAUCUACUGUUAGCAAGGAUGCAUCUGGUCAGAUUGAACAGAAAACCAUCAGUUCGGCUGCGAAACUUGAUUUUUCGAAGCCUAUAGUGAUCAAUGAGCCAGUUGUGAAUGAUGGUCAACUUCCAGAAAAGAAAACUUUUGAUUUCAAUUUUGGGAAAUCAAACUCAAAUUCUGUCGAGAAGAGUGCACCCUUAAACUUUCUGUUUAAACCUGAUCAAAGUGCUGGAAAGAAACAAGAAAAUAUAGGAUUUACUAUACAACAUAAGGCAAAUCCGGUUGUCGGUGGUACUAGUGUCAUUGAAAAGACAGAAGUGAAAGCUCCUUACUCCUAUCAAUUCUCUGUUCCUGAACAAUACAGUGUGACAUUGAAUAGAGAAGAGGUGGACUCUUACAAGAGUCUUUUCAGCUUUUGAUGUGAGUCAAACAUAAAAAUAUGUCACGUUAAUGGGAAAGGUAGACUCGUAGAAGGGUUUUUCAGCUUUAGACGUGAAAAGUUUUGGACCUAGAAAUAAACAAUUACAUACAAUUGCGUGCAACAGCAUUUGGUGUGAGUCGAAUAUAAAACUAAUCAAGUGUAUGAAACA